AUGAUCCUAGCGGCGGCGAUCACAGCGAGCGCGAGGAAGUUCGCUACAAUGGUUCCCGCAUCAAUUGCUAGAGCAGUGGACACACACAAGAAACAAGCCAAGAUCAAUGGCGACGAGCGCCGCCAAGAGCCAGAAGAAGUUAUGGUGAUCGAUCCAGCUCCCGCGUCCGCUAUCCUUGCUCGUGAUCUUCUCCACCGCAAGACCAAGAACACUACUAAGAUAAGCUAUAACUCCCUAAAGCCUUUGCUUUCACCGAGACUCGCCACUGCCGAGGAGAUCUUCGCCUGGAUGCCCUCCACGAACAUCUUCUCAUGGACGAUCCUCCUGGCGGCGUGUGCGCAGGCUCAGAGCCUCGGCGAUUCGAGGGUGCUCUUCGAUGAGAUGGAGCAGCGCAACGCUGUGGCCUGGAACGCGCUCAUCACGUCCUAUGCGCUGGGGCGCCAGUGCGAUCGUGGAGCAGUGCUUCGCGAAGAUCCCCUACUGGACGAUCGUAUCCUGGAAUGCGAUGCUCCAGGCUUACGGGGAAACCGGACGCACGGCCUCCGCGACAUCCUCCUCACAGCAACUGCCCAAGGCGGGGAUUUGCUGUAUGGUAGAUCUGUUCUUGCGAGGAUCCCUCAAGAAAGCGUCGUGUCAUACACUAUUUUGAUCAUCGCAUGCGAAAAGAAGGAUAUAAUUCUUUUAGAGGAAGAUCAGUUCCUCUAUUCUCCUGAGAAUGAUGUGGCGUCUUGGAACGCUUUGAUUGCAGCAAAUGCCCGGCACGGGCAAAUGCGUAAUUACAUCGAUCUCUUCAAGCGCAUGGAUCUCAAGGGUGCGAGGCCGGACGGGAUCACAUUCGUGGGGAUCCUUAGUGCCUACGCUAUCAGCGGCGAUCUUGCUACUGGUAAGCUGAUCCAUCACAGCGCUCUUGAGGGAUCAUCGCUAGACAAUCCUGUGCUGGCCACCGUGCUCCUGGACAUGUACAGCAAGGCCAGCGAUCUGGGCGUGGCGACGGCGAUCUUCGUGGCAAUGGCGCAGAGGGACGUGACUGGAAUGCGAUCAUGGCAGCGUGUGUGCGCAACAGGCGAUUCGACCGUGCAGAGUGCUUCUUCUGGGUAA